UUGAUGGGGUUUGGUCAGUCAGGCAGCUUUAAAUCCAAAGCAAAUUUGGCUUUUGGCAUUAGUUCUACUUGUGCUUCUCGAGCGUUCGCAGUCCCCAAUGAAAGUAUUUGUAUGUCUUCUGGCUCUGGCAGCCACUCUGGCAACCGCCAACGCGGGUCUCCUCAAUCUGCUUAAGGGAGGCGGUGGUGGUGGCGGAUACGGUGGUGGAUACGGAGGCGGUUACGGAGGUGGUGGCUAUGGAGGCGAGAGCACGGUGAAGGUCAUUAAAGUGAUCACCGAUUCCGGAGCUGGCGGGGGCUAUGGUGGCGGAUACGGAGGUGGACACGGUGGAGGCGGCUGGAGCUCUGGCGGCUAUGGUGGUGGCUAUGGAGGUGGCUAUGGAGGUGGUUACGGAGGUGGCUAUGGCGGUGGAUACGGAGGUGGCAGCACUGUUAAAAUAAUUAAGGUGAUAACCGAUUCUGGAUCCGGAGGUGGCUGGAACUCCGGCAGCUACGGAGGUAGUUACGGAGGUAGUUACGGCGGUGGCUACGGUGGUCAGUCCGGAUGGUGGAAGACAAAGUGAGCAGAUGAACCACUCUCCAUUUAGCUAUAGUCCGGAUAUAAACUCGUUUAUGUACCUGAAAAAAAAACACCCAACAUUUCAUAGCCAAGAAACCCGAAUCUCUUUAUUGCCAGUUAUUUCCAAAUGAGCGAAACUAGUUUAAGAUGAUCGGCAGACUGCUUGG